AGCGAACUUAAAAUGGAUGGAAGGCAACAAUUGAGCUAUACAGGUACAAUACAUAUUACUAUUUAAUCGUAUUUUUAGUUGACGGCAUCAUCAUGCUACUGUCUCUGCGGCUAUUAGCAUGAUUAGCUCUUUUGUUGAGAUCUGAUACUACUGUCUUACUGAGACAAACGAUAUUGUUCUCGGUACAGGAGCGGUGCGGAUGAUGCUGGCCGAACACGAAGUUCGUCCAAAGGGAAGUUUAAAUGACAGUGAAAAGGGAGACUGUCAUUCCCGGUCACCUCUGCUACGGAAGAAGAUGAGUGUCAAGGAGCUGGCCCUGCCAUCUGCCAGCAGUGGAAGAGGCACAUUCAUAUGCAGACUGAAUACUUUCAAACUAAAAGAAAUCUUCACAUGGCAGCUUCUGAAGACAUUAGCUAUGGGCCAGGGACUGUCACUCUUGAUCUGUGGGACAGCAAUCACCUGUCAGUAUCUUGCUGAAAGAAAGGUGGAGACCCCCAUGCUGCAGAGUUUCAUGAAUUAUGCUCUCCUCCUCCUCACCUACACAACCACUUUAUCCUUCAGAAAGGGGGAUGGAAAUAUUUUGCACAUACUAAAGACAAAGUGGUGGAAAUACCUACUGGUGGGCAUUUCUGAUGUUGAAGCAAACUAUGCGGUAGUGAAGGCAUACCAGUUCACCACUUUAACAAGUAUACAGCUGCUGGACUGCUUUGUGAUCCCUGUGCUGAUGGUGCUCUCCUGGAUCUUUCUGAAGACCCGCUUCAAGCUUGUACACUAUGUGGGUGUGGCUGUGUGUUUGCUGGGGGUGGGUGCCAUGGUUGGAGCUGACUUGAUAGCUGGACGGGACCAGGGGUCAAGCAGCGAUAUCUUGCUGGGAGAUGGCCUGGUGCUCAUUAGUGCUACCUUGUAUGCGGUCUCUAACGUGUGCCAAGAGUACACCGUGAAGAACCUGGGAAGGGUGGAGUUCCUUGGCAUGAUUGGACUCUUUGGGACCAUUAUCAGUGGAAUUCAGCUGAGCAUUCUUGAGUACAGUGCACUGACACAGAUCUCUUGGAACUGGGAAAUUAUCCUGCUGUUUGGAGCCUACACAGUCUGCAUGUUCCUGCUUUACAGCUGCAUGCCCGUGGUAGUCAGGUUGACCAGUGCUACAGCUGUCAACCUUUCCUUGUUGACCGCUGAUCUCUUCAGCCUCUUCUGUGGCCUCUUCCUCUUUCACUACACUUUCUCAGGCCUGUACAUUGUGUCCUUUGUGGUGAUCACCGUGGGGUUCAUCACCUUCAACACAGUGCCCACGGUCUUGCCGGCUGCCCGGCCAGAACAUGAAGAUGAAGGGUCUCCAAAUUCUUCAGCCAGUAGGGAUGCUGCUGUCACACAGGAAGGUGAAGGGAUCGAAAGUUCGCUUGAAGUGGAACCAUGUGAACACACCUGGGUGACAGAAAAAAACACUAAACUUUAGCUUUCCUUAAGUCUUCCUGGAAUAUUCUAGGAAGUACUGUAUGUGCACUAGGAAAAAGUGCUUUUCAGCAAAAAGAAGGCAUGUAGUAAACAACAUCCUCUAUCAUUUCCAAGAAUGCCAAGAAACUUUGUAUUUCGCAGUAUGACUUCGUUAAAGAAGUGAAACAGAACAGAAUUUUAUAAUCUGACUGAAAUUGUAGGGCAAUGUGGAUAAAGAGUAUAUUCUGAGAUUUUUUUUUUUAAGUGAAGUAAGGAUUAAAUAGCACUUAAAUACAUCUCAAG